AUGGGGAGGGGCUCUUAUGCGAUCAUGUCAUCCCUUUUGUCCUUUGUCGGUUGGGCAGUCCUCCCGAAUUAUGUGACUUCGAUUCUCCAAAAUGUCUACUAUGGGAUCACAAUUCGCGCAGGGGAGCCGCGACCACAACCGCCAUCCCCGCGCUACACUCGUCAUCGUCGGCGCAUCUUCAUCCUAGUCGUCACAAGCUAUCUCCUCUACACCUUAUACGAGGCAUUCCAUCGAAUCCAGAUUGCCGGUGAUUUCUACCGGGCGCUGGGCGUCUCUCCGCUGGCCGAUGAGAGGACGAUCAAAUCGCGAUUCCGGCGACUGGCAGCGCAGCACCAUCCGGACAAGGUGGGCUACGGAGACGGCAGCCCGUCGGACGAUUACUUUGUAUAUCUGCGGAUGGUGCAGGAUACUCUACUGGAUCCGGCGAAGCGAUUCGCCUACGACCGGUUUGGGCCAGAUGUGCUGGCUUGGGGGAAUCAGAAGACGAUGCAGGACUUUUUGUUCACUGGGCUCCAGCGGUCAAUCCCGCAGUAUGUUGGGGGCUUCAUCACGGUUAUUAUCCUGAAUUUUGCAUGGUGGUCAGACUGGGGUCGCUAUUGGCGGUUCUUUACCUUUGGGGCUCUCAUGGCGCUUGAGCUGGCUCUGAUCACUCACCCCCGCGCUCUUUUCAUACCUGGAUUCUAUAUCCCACCGGCUGUCCGAAACCUCCUGGGGCUCUCGCCUACCUUCUACCUCCUGCCAUACCAGAUCCUAAGCCUUGCGCAGCGCGCUUCGGUCACUUUACACAUAUUCAUCUCCCAACUGACACCGCCGGAAGUCAGCAGCAGAUCCUCGUCGGCGCCAGGCGAGCGUCUCCACCCGCAGACCCUGCAGCGGCUCGCGCAACUGACGCAGCUCUCGCGGGCCACGGACGGCGAGGCAACGCGGCUUCUCCAGCUGGGGUGUGCGCCGUUCCGGGGCGAUCGUGAAGGCACGGCGACGUUGCGGAAGGGGAUGAGGGAGGGCUUGGUGUUGAGUAGUGUCAAGGCCAGUCCGGAGGUACAGCAGGCUGUGGCGCAGGUGAUGGAGCGCAGGAAGGCAGACAAGAAUGGCAAGAGUGAUUGA